GGGGCUGCUGGGAUAUGUAGUCCAACGGGCGGGAGGCGGUGCGCUGCCGAGGGCCGCCGGGACUACACCUCCCGGGGCGCCCCGCGCCGCGGCCGUGUUGUGCCUCCGUGUCGGGGCGAGGAGGAGGAUGGUGACAGCGGGAGGAUGGAGUCAGUUUUGUCUAGGUAUGAAAACCAGAUCACUAUACUGUCAGACUACUUAGAAGAAUUUCCAGAAACUGAUGAGCCAGUGUGGAUUCUGGGAAGGCAACACCACCUAAACACAGACAAAUCUAAGUUAUUGUUGGAUAUAAGUGCUCGUCUCUGGUUUACAUACAGAAGAAAGUUUUCGCCUAUUGGAGGCACUGGUCCUUCAUCUGAUGCUGGCUGGGGAUGUAUGCUGCGAUGUGGGCAGAUGAUGCUGGCACAAGCACUGAUCUGCAGACACUUAGGAAGAGAUUGGCAAUGGGAAAAACACAAAAAACAACCAGAAGAAUAUCAUAGAAUCUUACGGUGCUUUCUAGAUAGAAAAGAUUGUUGCUAUUCCAUCCACCAAAUGGCGCAGAUGGGUGUUGGAGAGGGGAAAUCAAUUGGAGAAUGGUUUGGACCAAAUACAGUUGCUCAAGUCCUGAAGAAGCUUGCUUUAUUUGAUGAAUGGAAUUCAUUAGCAGUUUAUGUAUCUAUGGACAAUACAGUGGUCAUUGAAGACAUCAAGAAAAUGUGCUGGUCCCCUCCACAGGGCAGCAGUGCAGCCCACAGCACUGCAUAUCUGCACAGGGGUGCUCUGGGCCGAAACAAGAACACAGCAGGAUUCUGUACAGGCUGGAAACCCCUCUUGCUUAUCAUACCUCUGCGGCUAGGAAUAAAUCACAUAAAUCCAGUAUACAUUGAUGCGUUUAAAGAAUGCUUUAAGAUGCCACAGUCCUUGGGAGCAUUAGGAGGGAAACCAAAUAACGCCUAUUAUUUCAUAGGAUUUCUAGGCAAUGAGCUGAUCUAUUUGGAUCCUCACACCACUCAAAGUUUUGUAGAUUCAGAAGAGAAUGGCACAGUUGAUGACGAGAGCUUCCACUGCCAGCAAGCCCCACACAGAAUGAAGAUUAUGAAUUUGGACCCUUCAGUAGCUUUAGGCUUCUUUUGCAAAGAAGAAUGUGAUUUUGAUAACUGGUGUAGUCUUGUACAAAAGGAGAUUCUAAAGCAACAGAGUCUACGGAUGUUCGAGCUGGUCCAGAAGCAUCCACCACACUGGCCUCCUUUUGUGCCACCAAGCAAGCCGGAGGUGACGACCACAGGAGCAGAACUCAUUGAAUCUACUGACAAGCUAUUUGAAUUGGAAGAAGAAUUUGAAAUCCUGAGUGUAUGAAGGAAACUGUGGUGACCCUUCUGAGUAUUGAACGUAUUGCUAAUAUUAUUGCAUUGACGUAAAUCAAACAGCCAUGUUAGCCCCAAAGUGCCUGAAAUGACAGAAAACAGAGCACAAAAACGUGGUAGUGUCCAAAACUCCAACAGCGACAGUUCCUUCUGUCAGAGAGCUUCCCCAGAUGGAAAAGCAGUAGAAGAUCUCAUAGUAAGAGCCUUAAAGGGAACUUCUUUUUAAUGUGUGUCUUUUCUGAAGACAGACUGUUGAGAUUAAGGUAAAAAUAAGUCUGUGGGCUGUGUGUCUGGAGAAAGGAAUAACACAAAAUGGGUGUUUCUUGCUCUCGUAUAAUGCAAUAUAGUUCUUAAAGCAAAACAGUCUCCAGUUAAGGAGGAUGUUUCCUUCCGUCCCCUCCUGUGGGCUGCAUUGUUGGGAAAUAUUGUCUUGUUUAAAAGAUCGACUGGAUCAGAAGAAAACCGUUUCCUUGUUAAAUAUUUUAACAUGUAUUUGAGCAACCACACUUUAUUACAAAAAUGUUUCUGUGAAAGGAACUAUGUCUAACGUAUAUGUUUUGCAAUAGCCUUCCUGUUUCUGGGAAACCUCAAGAGGAACAGGAGCCUCAAAUAUAUGAUAUCGAUCACAACCACUGUUAGAGUUAUGAUAUAUUUCACCUUGACCUUAAAACUCAAAUCAUUAAAACUUAGGCUGACUUUUCUUUUGGAGCUAAAAUGAGUCAAAGGUGGUUUAACUGUACCUUAUUUAUUAUAAAAAAGAUUUACACAAGUUUCUCUGUUACAGCACUUUAUCUGUGCAUCUAAUAAAUUUCUUAAGCUUUUCAUAGGUUGUAUGCUGCUAUAUUUUCUUAAUUUGUUUGUGUGAACUAAAUACAAACCAGGUUAUUUUAAAACUUAAUAUAUAGGCAUAUGCAAAUUACUUGUUGUUUUCUGACUUGUUGCCUUUUGAAAUCUGUUUUGGUAGAAGUGCCUUAAUUCUGCAGGUUUAUCAGAACAGCCUAUGCAGUUUGAGUCCUAAGGCAGAGUGUCUCUCUAGCAGCCAUAAGAAAACCAGCUCAGAAUAAUUAAAGGCAAAGAUCUUUUAAUCCAUUCUGAAGUUCAUUUUUACUAUCAGAGAGUCCCCAUGAUGGUCAUUCUGUCGCAGUGUUAUGGAUGUGAAUCACAGUUUCAUCUUCACCAAUAAAUGACAAUACAGAGAAUCA